AACCAGGAAGUAAAUUACAAAUAUCGUUUAAGUUUCGCUUUAAAUCUCAUUCUCACAUUCCAAAGUUCUGUCAAGGGAGUCAUUCACAAUUUAGCUAUGGCUUUGUCUAAAAUGGAUAUUCCCCGCGCAGCCCAGCACUUUUUGGAGUGUGCCAUUGAAGAAUGUGAAAGAAAUUGUGAGUUCUAUUGCAACCCUUGUCAUCAAAGGUUGUGCAAACAAUGCAGAGAUGAACAUGUGAAAAGUCCAGAAAACAAGAACCAUGAGGUGGUCCUUUACCAGCAACGUAAACGACAACUUCCUGUGAAGAAAUGCAAGAUCCACCCCUCUAAAGAUGUGGAUAUGUUCUGUGAAGAAUGCCAAAUUCCAGUAUGUUCCAAAUGUGUCACACAAAGAGAGCAUCGGGGGCAUGUAUUUCUUGAUCUAGAAAAAAAUUAUGCAGAAAAAUUUGCAGAUUUUCAAGAAGAAAUAUCCAAGACCCAAGAUUAUUUUCUCCCUACGUCCCAAGAUUUACAGAAAGAAAUAAAAAAAGAUUCCUCUGAAAUCAAACACAUUAUGGACAACAUUAGAACAUCCAUGAAGACUGAAGGUGAGUCCCUGAAAAGACUGGUGGACACAGUCAUAUCUGAGAACAUGAAGCAGUUAGACCAGAUAGAGCAUUCACUGUUAGAAGAUCUAAACACCCAAGACAAGACAUUUGAUGAUUACAUCACUUAUCUUAAUAACCUUGCCAAAGAGCUCCACAGAUGCCUGUCCUCUACAGAAACCCAGAAAUUAAUGUCGGAGAAGAAACCAAAGAUCCGAUCCAUACCAGAGACAACAAAACCAGUCACACCAGGAUUUACUGCUGGUCAAUACAGCAAAAGUGAUGUCACCAAAUUACUUGGUAAAAUAAGUGUCACCAACAAUAAAGCUGAGAAGAGAGAAAUAAGGCCCAUUGAAAGUGUCUACAAUACAGCAAUGAAACCUACACAUAAACAGAUGAAAGAAGACAGAAAGAAAUCUGACAAGAAACAAACAAUGUCUCUAUCUGCCUCUGUCACCAAGGUCAGAGAGUUCAAUGUACCAGGUGUUGAUGAUGUAUACCAUGUAUCACUAGAUCAAUCAGACAGACUCUGUAUCAGUGAUGGAGCCAGGGGUAAUCUUGUCCAAACAGAUCUACAGGGGAAUGUGAUACAGAAGAUAAAAACCAGUGGUAGAGAUGAAGGUUACCACACAGUGACACAGGACAGGGAUCUGAUCUUUACAGACCAAGAUAAGAAAGUCAUCAAUAGGAUAACACAGGAUAAUAAUAUCCCGGAAUUCAUUAAAACUGGAGACUGGAGACCACUCAGUAUACACUCCUCCCACAUCAACGGGGACUUACUGGUGGGGAUGAGGAAGGAUGCAGAAGGUAAAGUCACCAGGUACAACAAGACAGGAAAAGAACUACAGAACAUACAGAGUGAUAACAAAGGACAAGAACUGUAUAGUGAACCACACUACAUCACAGAAAACAUCAAUGGAGAUAUCUGUACAUCAGACUUUAUUAAUAUGUCAGUGGUGGUGGUGAAUAAAUUGGGACAACACAGGUUCUCCUACACAGGUCAGGAGCCAAGGUUCCGUCCCUAUGGAAUCUGUACUGAUGUCCUCGGUCACAUCCUGGUGUGUGAUAAUUUCAGUAACACUGUUCACCUCCUUGAUCAGGACGGUCAGUUCUUGUCUCUAUUACUCACACAACAACAAGGGGUAUACCUUCCCAGUAGUGUGUGUGUGGAUGAUGAGAACAAUCUCUAUGUGGGACAGUGUAACACCAACACACUGACAGUGUACAAGUAUCUACAGUGAUUAUUGUUCUGUCAUAAACACACAGCAUGACAUACUGAGUAUCAGAAUAAAUUAUGCACUUUAUUAUACCCAUCAUUUAUGUUACUUUAUUCCAGUUGAUGAA